AUGUCAUAUCGAAAUUAUUCAUCUCGUGAAGGUGGUAGACAUCAUACUGAUCCAACAUCAUCUCGAUUUAAUUCGAAAUCAAAAUAUCAUCAACGUGGUCGAGCAAAUAAUCGUCCAGUGCCAAAUCGUCGUCCAAAUGCUGGUGAUGAUCUUGAAGGAAUAACUGUAUCAAUUGGUCGUCAUUUAACAACAGGUGGAAUCGAUUCUCAAGGUUCAUCAAUACGAGGACGUACUGUUAGUCGUUCUUAUGGACCUCAACAAAUUUAUCCAUCUCGAAUGAAUGAUCGUGAUAAUAAUCAAAUAAAAUGGUGGCGAAUAUCCAUUCCACAAGCAGGUGCUAUUGGAAAAGAACGUGUUAUGUCAACACUUAAAGUAAAUUGUCUUCGACAAUUUCAACCUUAUCAUUAUUUUAUUGAUCGUGAUACCAAUACUGGUGUUUUCUUUGUCCAUGAUCGAGAAGAAGCUGACAUGCUAAAGCGUGCUAAUAGAAAAAUUGAAAUUCAAAAUUUAGGCACACUCAGUAUAAUGGUUAGUCAAGCAUCAUGUCCAGUACCUUUGUUAGAUGAAGAUUUACGACGACAUUUUAGAGAUUAUAUUUGUAAUCGUCGAUUUAAUGCACAAACAUUUCAAUUAAAUUUAUCGAAUUUAGCUGAUGAUGAAGAACUUAGUGCUCUUGGUAUAUAUCCUCAACUAAAUAAACAAGCAUUUGUCCGUGAUAUUGUUGAUAUAAUCAACAAAGAUCUUAAUAUGACUCGUCAAUUGGAUUUGGGUUCAAAUAAUAUAUCAAACUUAUAUGAAUUUCGUAAUCUUCAAUUAAAUAAUCUUGAACAACUUAGUCUUGCUUCAAAUCAAUUGAAAUCUUUUGAAGAACUUUCUCAUCUUAAACAAUUAACUCACCUUAAUCGUCUUUUACUCAAAGAUAAUCCAUUAAUAUCAUCAAAUAACAAACGAAGUAUUUCACGCGACGAUCUUAUCAGUACCAUUCAGCAAAAGCUACCACAACUUAAACGAGUCGAUGAUAUUGAUCUUCCGACGAAAAUUGGUUUUGGCGUUGAUAAUGAAAUAAUACAUUUACCCAAAUCAGCACCACAUUGUGUACCACAAGAAAUGCAAGCAUUUUUAGCAAAAUUUAUUGAUGAAUAUUAUCGUUUAUUUGAUACACGUGGUCGUGGUGAAUUACAUGCAUGUUAUCAUGAUUUAUGUAUGUUUUCAUUAUGUAUUGCACCAACUGAAAGUUCAUUAGUUCCAACAAAAUCUUAUAAAUAUGGUCCAUUAAUAUAUGAAUCAAGAAAUUUAAAAAAAAUUUUCGAUGAUAAUAAACGUGCAACUUUAUUACGACAUGGAAAAACGGAUGUAUUAGAUUUUUUGAGAAUCAAAUUUCCAUUAACAAAACAUGAUGGAAAAUCAUUUCAUGUUGAUGUUUUCUCAACAGGUAAUAAUCGAGCUAUAUUUACUGUUAAUGGUGUCUACAGAGAAAUCGAUCAAGGAGUUAAUGGGCCUGUGCGUAGCUUUCAACGUACAUUUACUUGUUCACAAACGACUUCAGGUGUUUUGAUUGUUGCUGAUCAUAUUAUGAUUAUUAAUGCAACUGAUAGUCAAGUUUUGAAUAUGACUCGUUCUACACCACCGGCUAGUUCAUCAACAGACCCAUCAUCAUCAAGAACAAUGGAAAGUCAAAAUUGUCCUGGGCCAACUAUUGAUAUACAAACACAAAUGGUACAAAGAUUUUCUCAACAAUCUGGCAUGAAUAUUGAAUAUUCAAAACUUUGUUUGUCAGAAAAUGAUUGGAAUUAUGAAAAAGCUGCACAAAAAUUUCAAGAUUGUCAAAAAAUGAAUUUAAUUCCUCCUGAAGCUUUUAAAAAACCUUAA